AUGGCGAGAUCCGAGCAGGAGCUCAACUCCAAAAACGCUGCUGCAGUCACCAUGCUAAAGCGGGCGGUGGAACUAGAAUUGGAGUCCCAGUAUCAACCAGCUCUGGUGUGUUACCAAGAGGGGAUUGAUCUGCUAAUACAAGUUUUGAAAGGUAUCAAAGACGACACAAAGAAACGGAAUCUCAAAAAAAAUAUUUCGGACUACCUGAAUAGAGCAGAAAAUAUAAAGAAAUACUUGGACCAAGUAAAAGAAGAUGGAAAGCAUCACAAACAAAUUAAAAUAGAAGAGAAUGCAACAGGUUUCAGUUAUGAGUCACUCUUUCAAGAAUACCUUAAUGAGACCGUUACUGAAGUUUGGAUAGAAGAUGCUUACAUAAGACAAACUCAUCAGCUCUAUAACUUUCUUCGAUUUUGCGAGCUGAUUAUUAAAAGAUCAUGCAACAUAAAAACUAUUCAUCUUCUCACCUCUCUGGACAAUGGAAAUGUGAAAAUUGAGCAAAUUAAUGCCCUAGAACAAAUAAAAGGGUCACUGAGGAAUCAUGGCGUGCUAUUGGAAUUAGAAUACUCUUCUUCAAUUCAUGACCGGGAAAUCAGGUUAAACAAUGGAUGGAUUAUUAAGAUUGGAAGGGGACUUGAUUAUUUUAAGCACCCAAAGGGUAAAUUUUCCCUUGGAUAUUGUGAUUUUGAUUUAAGACCAUGUCAUGAAACAACAGUGGACAUUUUUCAUACCAAUCACACUAAAAAAAUAUGA